AUCAAAUGUAAUUUAUAUAUUUGUACUUUUAUUAAUCUUUUUCAAAAACCAAACCAAAUAAUUAUUAUUUCUUUCUUCAAUUCAGACGUGGGGAAUUAAAAAGAAAAUUACAAAAACAUAUUCUAAGUGGAACUAAUUCAAUUCAACAGCCUGUCUCUCUCUGCCUUCUCGUCGGACAACAACGACCUUCUCCUCCUCCUCCUCCCUCCCUCUCUCUCUCUCUCUCUCUCUCUCUCUCUCUCUCGCCGGAAUUAUGCUCUCCCACCGAUCCUUCUUCAACUUACCAAUGCUUCUUCUCUUUUUCCUCUCACUGCUUUUCACUUUUUCUUCCUCUACUUCCAUUUCAGGAAAUCUCUUUGAAUCCAACCCUUCAAUCGGUCGCAACCUCCUACAGGCUAAAAAAGCUUGUCCAGUGAACUUUGAAUUCUUGAAUUACACCAUCAUCACAAGCAAGUGCAAGGGGCCUCGAUACCCUCCCAAGCUCUGUUGUUCUGCUUUGAAAGAAUUUGCUUGCCCUUAUGUGGAAGAUAUCAAUGAUUUAACAAAUGAUUGUGCUUCGACCAUGUUCAGUUACAUUAACUUGUAUGGAAAAUACCCUCCUGGUCUCUUCUCUAGCGAGUGCAAGGAGGGGAAGGAAGGUCUAGAAUGCCCCGCACUCCCACCCUCCACUUCAGCUGAUCUAAGUUGGUGCUCGAAAACAAGCUUACCAUCGUAUUCACUGAUUCUCUUGACUGGAUUCGUACUGCUGUUAUGGCUAUUAUGAUAAGGUCCAAAUUCCUUCCAUUUUUUUCCUUCCAAUUUGUUACUGUACGUUAAACAUACUUGAAAAAUUGCAAUUCUUUAUUACCAUGUAUUUAUUAUAAUAGUUUCAUAAGCUAAACUUGUUUAUCUAUCUUCCACUUUGAUAGCUGUGGUAAGCGAGUUCUUAUUCAUGAGAUUGAACUCCAAAAGUUUUUAUUUGAGGUAAUUUCUGUGUUUUUAUUUGGUCAAGGAGACCAGGUGUGUCGUCAUCAUCAUAUAUAUAGUUGUUUGCGAUAUGUUUCAUUUUAUAAUGUGAUGUAAUAUAGAACCAUUACUAAAAGUUCAUUUAUGGUUGAUUUGAAAUUUUAGUUUC